AUGGGUCAAGAGGAGUGGCUUGAACUGGAGAGUGAUCCAGGACUUUUCACCCUUCUUGUGGAAGACCUUGGUGUUACGGGUGUUCAAGUUGAUGAAAUUUACGAACUAUCUAAGGUUCUAACCGACCCAGUAUUUGGUUUUAUUUUUCUUUUUCGUUGGCAGCAGAAUGAAAAAAAACACAACUCUCGUCGAUCUUCUCGAGGUGGGUCAGGUCCAUUGAAUAGCUCCCAAACGCCCUCAGUCAGUGGCGUAGAUACACCCCUGAAUUCCUCUUCUUCUAAUGCUGAAAACUCUGCCCCUAACAGCACCAAUAUUAACAAUAUUAGUAGUAUCUCUUCCAAUCAGAAUGGAAUGCCCCUUAAAGUCAAAACUGAAUUCCCUACUUCAGAAAGCUCCGACCCAGAGGUCUUCUUUGCCCAUCAGAUUGUUCCCAAUUCUUGUGCCACACAUUCUCUUCUCUCAAUCCUCAUGAACACCACUUAUUCUGGCGUGGAAUUAGGUCCCCUUCUGAGUGAAUUCCGCAAAGCUACUGCUUCCCUAUCCCCUAAUUUACGAGGUCUUGCAAUCGGCUUUAUGCCUCCUCUAAUGGAAGCCCAUAAUCGACAUGCUCGACAACAAACCUCUUUGUCCCACUGUCUACCGCCAUCUUGUGAUGAGGCAAUGUCCAUUUCUGUCGUCAAAAUUGCUGUUGAAGCAGCUCAAAAGGCCAGUUGCUUAGAUUCAGAAAAUGGAACCAAUGGGUCAGAGUUAGGGCACUGUUCCUCGUGUGUGGAUGAUACUCCUGGAUUGGUCACGUCUACUACCACAGGGGAUGCUGGUGACACGUUCCACUUUGUUUGUUUUUUGCCUGUUGGAAAGUACCUCUAUGAAUUGGAUGGCUUAAAGCAAGAGCCGAUUAACCAUGGAUUACUUGAAGAUCCCAUUAAUCAUAAUGGUUGGACCAAACAAUGCUUGGAUUUACUUAAACAGCGAAUGCGAGAUGUAAGUAAACUGCUUUUUAACUUUGAGUUGCCAUGA